CCUCUUACCUGAGCAGUGACCUCAGUAGUAAUUGACCCCUGUAGUGUAACAGAGUAGGAAGGGCCUUGACAAAUCAUGUGGCUUAUCCCAUAAAAACACACGGUACUGAUAUUUGAGAGCAUUUCAAAAGACUUACCAUGCCUUUAUCACUGAAAAUCACUUUUAGCACUUAGAAAAGCACUAGACAAAUCUAUUUCAUCAUCCUCACAACUGGAGGUUUAUGAGAACAUCUGUAAUCAGAGCAUAUGUCCAUGGAGGUAUAUGGAGGUAUAUGAGAACAUCUGUAAUCAGAGCAUAUGUCCAUGGAGGUAUAUGGAGGUAUAUGAGAACAUCUGUAAUCAGAGCAUAUGUCCAUGGAGGUAUAUGGAGGUAUAUGAGAACAUCUGUAAUCAGAGCAUAUGUCCAUGGAGGUAUAUGGAGGUAUAUGAGAACAUCUGUAAUCAGAGCAUAUGUCCAUGGAGGUAUGUGGAGGUAUAUGAGAACAUCUGUAAUCAGAGCAUAUGUCCAUGGGGGUAUAUGGAGGUAUAUGAGAACAUCUGUAAUCAGAGCAUAUGUCCAUGGAGGUAUAUGGAGGUAUAUGAGAACAUCUGUAAUCAGAGCAUAUGUCCAUGGAGGUAUAUGGAGGUAUAUGAGAACAUCUGUAAUCAGAGCAUAUGUCCAUGGAGGUAUAUGGAGGUAUAUGAGAACAUCUGUAAUCAGAGCAUAUGUCCAUGGAGGUAUAUGGAGGUAUAUGAGAACAUCUGUAAUCAGAGCAUAUGUCCAUGGAGGUAUAUGGAGGUAUAUGAGAACAUCUGUAAUCAGAGCAUAUGUCCAUGGAGGUAUAUGGAGGUAUAUGAGAACAUCUGUAAUCAGAGCAUAUGUCCAUGGGGGUAUAUGGAGGUAUAUGAGAACAUCUGUAAUCAGAGCAUAUGUCCAUGGAGGUAUAUGGAGGUAUAUGAGAACAUCUGUAAUCAGAGCAUAUGUCCAUGGAGGUAUAUGGAGGUAUAUGAGAACAUCUGUAAUCAGAGCAUAUGUCCAUGGGGGUAUAUGGAGGUAUAUGAGAACAUCUGUAAUCAGAGCAUAUGUCCAUGGAGGUAUAUGGAGGUAUAUGAGAACAUCUGUAAUCAGAGCAUAUGUCCAUGGGGGUAUAUGGAGGUAUAUGAGAACAUCUGUAAUCAGAGCAUAUGUCCAUGGGGGUAUAUGGAGGUAUAUGAGAACAUCUGUAAUCAGAGCAUAUGUCCAUGGAGGUAUAUGGAGGUAUAUGAGAACAUCUGUAAUCAGAGCAUAUGUCCAUGGGGGUAUAUGGAGGUAUAUGAGAACAUCUGUAAUCAGAGCAUAUGUCCAUGGAGGUAUAUGGAGGUAUAUGAGAACAUCUGUAAUCAGAGCAUAUGUCCAUGGGGGUAUAUGGAGGUAUAUGAGAACAUCUGUAAUCAGAGCAUAUGUCCAUGGGGGUAUAUGGAGGUAUAUGAGAACAUCUGUAAUCAGAGCAUAUGUCCAUGGGGGUAUAUGGAGGUAUAUGAGAACAUCUGUAAUCAGAGCAUAUGUCCAUGGAGGUAUAUGGAGGUAUAUGAGAACAUCUGUAAUCAGAGCAUAUGUCCAUGGGGGUAUAUGGAGGUAUAUGAGAACAUCUGUAAUCAGAGCAUAUGUCCAUGGAGGUAUAUGGAGGUAUAUGAGAACAUCUGUAAUCAGAGCAUAUGUCCAUGGGGGUAUAUGGAGGUAUAUGAGAACAUCUGUAAUCAGAGCAUAUGUCCAUGGGGGUAUAUGGAGGUAUAUGAGAACAUCUGUAAUCAGAGCAUAUGUCCAUGGAGGUAUAUGGAGGUAUAUGAGAACAUCUGUAAUCAGAGCAUAUGUCCAUGGAGGUAUAUGGAGGUAUAUGAGAACAUCUGUAAUCAGAGCAUAUGUCCAUGGAGGUAUAUGGAGGUAUAUGAGAACAUCUGUAAUCAGAGCAUAUGUCCAUGGGGGUAUAUGGAGGUAUAUGAGAACAUCUGUAAUCAGAGCAUAUGUCCAUGGAGGUAUAUGGAGGUAUAUGAGAACAUCUGUAAUCAGAGCAUAUGUCCAUGGAGGUAUAUGGAGGUAUAUGAGAACAUCUGUAAUCAGAGCAUAUGUCCAUGGAGGUAUAUGGAGGUAUAUGAGAACAUCUGUAAUCAGAGCAUAUGUCCAUGGAGGUAUAUGGAGGUAUAUGAGAACAUCUGUAAUCAGAGCAUAUGUCCAUGGGGGUAUAUGGAGGUAUAUGAGAACAUCUGUAAUCAGAGCAUAUGUCCAUGGCCACAGGAAGAUGAUUUGUAGUGUGGAUGCACUCUUUUUUUUUUUUUUUAACAUUUUUUAUUGUGAUUUUUCAGGGUGUGCUGCAGCCCCCUCAGCACCCCUACUAACCGCGUCUAUGCAUAU